AUGCCUCCCAAACGCAAGAAGUCUCUCGUUGAUCGCUCAACUGAAUCACCUGCUCCAGAUGAUAACUUUGAUGUCGCAUCCGUAGCAUCAAUCCCCUCUACCGCAUCCGCGACACCCGUCAAGCCAAAGGCGAAGAAACCAAAAGUUGAAAGGGCCGAGAAAAUUGACAAAGUUAAAGCUCCACCUAAGGCCAAAGCUCCUGCCAAAGAAAAAGCUCCUCCAAAAGAUAAGGAAGACAAGAAGGAGGUCAAAGAUGCAAAAGGGAAAGUCAAGACAGUAACGGGCGACGAGGCACAAGAUGUCUUAUUGUCGUAUUUGUCGAGGGAGAAUAGACCGUUUAGUGCGGGAGAUAUUAGUGGCAAUUUACAUGGAAAGGUUACCAAAACAUUAACCGAUAAACUCCUGAAAGAACUCGCCAACGCCGGUCUCAUCAAUGGAAAGGGUACGAAUGGUGAUGGAAAAGGCUCUCAAUGGGUAUACUGGCCUCUCCAGGAUCCCAAUUCCUCACUCUCGCCCGAAGAACUUGCGAAUAUGGAUACCGAAAUCGAAGAUCUUCGAGCCAAAAUGCCAGAACUAAAGAUGGAAGUAAAGAAAGUGGGUAUAAAGCUUGGGGGAUUGAAGAAUGAGAUUGGUGUAACGGAACUGAGGGAGAGGAUUGAGAGGUUGGAGGAAGGAAAGAGGGAGAAGAAUGGAAGGUUGGAGGCAUUGAUAAAAGGAGGGGCCAAGGUAGUGAAGAAGCAGGAAGUCGAUAGGGUGGGAAAAGAGUUUGCAUAUUGGUCGAAGAUGAAGGGGGUUAGGAAGAGGGGAUUUCAGGCCGUUGAAGGUGCAUUGUUGGAGGGGAUGUCUAGGGAGGAUAUUUGGGAAAAGGCGGGGAUUGAAGGAGAUGAAGAUUUAUAG